UCAUUAAGAACAUUAAAACAAAAAAAAAAGUCAUCGGGAAGCAAAGAGAAUAAGAGUGGCCGAAGAACAGCCGAAGAAGAGCCAUUAAGCCCGUCAGCUCGUUUGUUUCACGAACCAAACUUCAACGUGUAUAUUAUAGCCAUCAUGCGUUGCAAUACUAGAAUUUACCCAGAUGUUGUCAAAGCCAAUUUGGGCCAUACUUUGCUUAGACACCCACGUUUCUCUAGUUUGCAGGUGGCGGACGAGACGGGAUAAAUGAAAUGGGUUCCAACAGAGGUGGAUUUGGAAAGGCAUGUUAUUGUUCCAGAGCUGGACCCAAACAUGGACUCACCAGACAAAUUCCUUGAAGAUUACAUCUAUAUCCUAAGCAAAACGACCAUUGACAAAUCGCAGCCUCUUUGGGAUCUGCAUCUGCUCAAUUUAAGAACCCUACAAUCCGAGGCAGUAAGCGUUUUCAGGAUCCAUCACUCCCUUGGCGAUGGCACUUCUCUAAUGUCUCUUCUACUCGCUUGCACUCGCCAAAUGAAUGAUCCUCUGGCUUUGCCUACCAUUCCAAUCAGGAACAAGCAAGAGAAGAAGAAUGAUCACAGAGGGCUUUGGAGAAUUAUGUUCAUGUUUUGGUCUAUUUUUCAGGUGUUUUGGAAUACUGUGGUUGAUGUCUUCACGUUUAUUGCUACCGCAAUGUUCUUGAAAGAUACUGAAAAUCCUCUCAAGGGUCCGCCAGGAACUGAGUUCACUCCUCGGCGAAUUGUUUACAGGACAGUUAGCUUGGAUGAUAUCAAGUUGGUGAAGAAUGUAAUGAACACUACGAUAAACGAUGUUGCUUUGGGGAUUACACAGGCUGGUUUGUCCCGCUAUAUCAACAGAAUAUUUGGCGGAAAUCUUCCAAAGAAUAUUCGCCUCCGAUCAACUCUGCUCAUCAACAUACGACCAUCUGCAGGAAUCCAGGCUUUAGCAGAUAUGAUGGAGAAGGAUGCUGAAGCAAAGUGGGGCAACUGGAUUGGUUUUGUUCUCCUCCCCUUCACCAUUGCAAUACGGAGUGAUCCAUUAGAUUAUGUUUAUGAUGCGAAGGCCACAAUUGACAGAAAGAAACACUCCCUUGAAGCUAUAUACACUUUCACCAUUGCUGAGUUAGCUCUCAAACUUUUUGGUAUCAAGGCGGCAAGUGCUCUGUCCCACAGAAUUUUGUCUUACACAACAAUGUGCUUCUCGAAUCUGGUUGGACCCGUGGAGGAAAUUAGUUUUUAUGGUCAUCCCAUGGCUUUCCUUGCUCCUAGUUCUUAUGGUCAACCUCAUGCAUUAAUGAUCAACUUCCAGAGUUAUAUAGACAAGAUGACCAUUGUUCUACCGGUGGAUAACGGAACUAUACCGAACCCUCACCAGCUAUGCGAUGACAUCGUGGAAUCACUCGAGCUCAUCAAGGAUGCAGUACUGACUAGGGGGCUUGCCUAGGAAAAAGAAAAACACCACGCCCUUUCUGUAAACUGCAAUCAGUUUCAGGAUUAGUAUUGACAAAGUUUCUAAAUCCAAAAGCUUCCAUGAUGUUUCAGGAUUAGCAGUAAUAAAGUUUCUAUAUUGUUGAUGCUGUGUUCUUCAUGAUGCUUUAAUCUUUAUAAAAUUGGACUUAUUUAGCAAAAUUUUUA